AGUCUUUCUUGUGAGUUCAAACAGUUCACACCGUUUACCGGAACAAAAUUUGUAGAGUACAAAAAGUUUUUUGGUUAAAAAAUUUGUUUGCAAUGUCGAACUCUUUCUCUUACUGGAACGGACAGCCCGUGAACGCGCCUGUUUAUCCACAGAUGGGAGAUCUCAUGCAGCCGCAGCCGCAGCAGCCGCAGCAGCAGCAUCAGCCACAUCCACAGAUGGGAAGAGGUGCAGCAGCAGCAGCUCCUGGAGGAUUCGGUUCCGGCGGAUGGACCGGCCAGGGGGCGGCGACGCGGGCCCACUCCUCGGCCGCGUUGCCAGGAUCGUACCCCUCGGCCGCGUCUCCUGGACAAUACCCCACGGCCAGCGGAACGGGUCUGGCCGGCAUGCCAAUGCAGGGCAUGAAUCCUGGAGCCCAGAUGGGCAUGGGCGACUACGGGAAUGUGAGUUCGCCGCUCACCUGCAACGUUCCGACCAACUUCUUCAGCCAAGGACAGAACCAGUACGAGCCCUGCAUCGACAACGGCGAGGCGUUCUGUGCCUACAACGGCAUGGACAUGAGCAUGAACUAUGGCGGCACCCAGGGCAAGGGUGGCUUCUGGUAGGGAACGUUGCAUGGAACGCUACAACAAGAUGAGAACUGGAUCGCAACGAAUAUCCGGCGAAGCUCCUCCAGUCACUUACUCUUCCUCUUCCUCUACUCCAAUUCUACUCCUACACAGCUCCUAUUCUACUCCUAGUCUACUCCUAGUCUACUCCAACGCAACUCCAACACUACUCCAACACUACUGUUCUCUACUCCAACACUACACCAACACUACUGUUCUCUUACUCCAACACUACUGUUCUCUACUCCACUCUACUCCAGUCUUAACCACUCCACUCCACUCCACUCCACAGUAUCCACUCGACUCGAAUUCGCUUCCAUCCCACUUUACAACCCUUGAGGCCACUAUUACCGAGGAUACGCAAUGUUAUAUAUUACGCUGCCUCGUAUAUAACAUUGCCUGUUUCGUUUUCCACUUGCACAAGACCGACCGCCAAUCAAGACAUGGAAUUGAAGAAUAACCAGAGAAAUCCAAAACAUCAAGAUCAGCAAACGAAUCAAGACAUGGAAUUGAAGAAUAACCAGAGAAAUCCACAACAUCAAGAUCAGCAAACGAAUCAAGACAUGGAAUUGAAGAAUAGCCAGAGUAAUCCACAACAUCAAGAUCAGCAAACAAAUCAAGCAUCUUUAUCACGUUUAUACUCUAGGCGCACCACCGCCUUGUGAUACCAAUUCACACCUUGGAAGACCUUACUCUGCCUUCGGGAAGGGAUCAGCAGCAGCAGUAGUAGCAGCAGUAGCAGCAGAUCACUCCAAAACCGGAAUUAAAUGACAUUCACAUCAGCACUUUAAGCCAUUUCAAACAAAACGAACAAUUGCAAAACACCUAAUUGCACAAUCAUUACUCGGUAUUAGUGGCCAAAUAAAUUAUCACUUGUUUCGUU